AGGUGUUCUAGUGUUUACAUCCUUCGUCACCAGUGGCAGAUGUGGACGCUAUAGUACAGCAGAGACAGGUGUGGUAUGUACACUACGGCAUAGGCAGGUGUACAUGUGGUAUAGCAGAGGUGUAGUAUAGCAGCGAGGCAGGUGUGGAGGCAGGUCAAAAUGGACGGGCGAUGCAUUCUGGUGUUAGUUGUGUGGCUCUUGGCUCAUGUGAGCACCUCCGUGACGGCUGGCUUGGACCCCGUACCUGUACAGAUGUUGCGUCGCAAAGUUCUCGUCAUUUCUUUGGAUGGGUUUGGCCACCAUUAUCUAGACAAGUACCCAUGGCAACAUCUGAAUAGCAAGAUCUUCUCGCGUGGCAGCUACCCACGCAGGUUCAGAAAUCAAUUUGUAACCAAGACUUUUCCCAACCACUUCUCUGUUGCCACUGGCUUGUAUGAAGAGGUUCAUGGUGUGGUUGGCAACAGUGUAUAUGACCCCAAAUUGAAUCGGACAUUGGGCAUGGAAGAUGAAGGAUUGUUUACUCAAAAUUCUCAUGUAUCGCCAGUUUGGACUCUGAAUGAAGAGCAUGGAGGGCACAGUGGGUGCAUCAUGUGGCCAGGCUGCAAUGUUGCAUUUCGGGGGAAAAAUGUGACGUUUCGGUCUCCCUUCCGCCCACGGACUCCAUUUAAUGAGAGCAUAGAUAAAAGUUUUGAGUGGCUUACAAACGAAAGAACUCCUGCCAACCUUGUUUUUCUUUACCAUGAUGAACCUGAUCACAUGGGCCAUAUUUAUGGACCCAAUUCUUCGCAGGUUAAAGAGGAACUGAGGAAGAUUGAUGAAGGUAUAGGACAUAUGUACCAUUUGCUCCGACUCUAUAAAUUGAGUGACACCGUGGAUGUGAUCGUCAUGAGUGAUCAUGGGAUGAGUGCUGUUAAAGAUGAUAAUAUAAUUUUACUGGAUGAUAUAGUUGACCCUAAGCUAUACACCACAUCUGGAACCUCACCUAUUUUAAAUAUUUGGCCUGAAUUUGACCAAGACUUGAAGGUCUAUCGCAGUUUACAGGAGGGAAGUAAAAAACACAACUACACUGUAUACCUAAAUGAUGAUCCUCAACUGGUGUCUUGGCAUUACAGUAAUAAUACUCGUAUAAGCCGGAUCACCGUACUAGCUGACGAUGGCUAUGUCUUUAAAGAUUUUAAGGACUAUAUUGAUAGUAUAAGAAACAAAGGAGUCAGUGACUUGACAGAUACACAUGGGGAUCAUGGUUAUCCAAUUGACAUACCUAGCAUGGAGCCAAUAUUUGUAGCAGCAGGGCCAUCAUUCAAGAAAGGAUUUCAAACUCCAGAUUUUAGCAAUAUAGAUGUAUAUGUGCUAUUGUGUUAUCUGCUUGACCUCACUCCUGGACCGAAUAAUGGCACCAUUGAAAACAUCUCGGCUGUUCUGAUUCAACCAAUGUCAUCAACACUCAUUCGUCCACUCUUAAUUACACUAGGUACCUUGAUAACAUUGCUGGGAUUCAUUGGAGUCUUGGCAUGUGUGCUGACUCGGAAGGACAAACGUAGGCCAGUUUCUGCGGAGGCACUCAUCAAUGGAUAUGUUCACAGAAAAACUAUGCGUGGAAACAGGGAGCCGCUACAUGACUUGAGUGAGGAGGAAUGCCUGCUGGAUGGCGAGGUCAUUGAUGAGGUGUAACACAGUCAUGUAUUCUUAUAACUAAAGGUUUUAUUUUUUGUACUCUGUAAGGGUUGUAGACAAAAGAAUGUGUAUGCCAAAUAGAGCAAAAUAUUGUAUUUUCUAGUCAGUACAGUAAAUGCAGAUACAGUAUACCUAAUGUCAUACAUUCCACAUAAUAUAUUUGAGAAUCAUUUUCUCAUGUUGUGCAAUUAA